GCAGAAAGGUCCAAUAUAAUCACUUUAUGUUAUUUUAUUAAUGUAAUAAUCUUUAAUAACGCUUGUAACUCAGCGGCUAUUUUCAGCGUGCCAUAUUAUUGGAGCUGGAAAGCAUCAGUCUUCAUCGUGACCCCCCCGUCGCCACACCACGUUUCCAAAACAAUACUUCCUUACGUCAUGCCUACGCCGCUGGUGACGAACUAGUCCACUACACUCCUCCUAUCCUAUCCUUCCUCACCUUUCCUCACCACUCCGCUCCAACUCUCCCAUCAGGACCACGGAGAUGUUCCGCGGUGUCGAAAACAACACAAAGGACGAACUUUACUCGUUUCGCACUUUCGAGUGCUUUUAAAUAUCCACUUUGGUUGAACUUUAGGGAGAAUGGAGGUGGGAGUUUUUGUCGCUUGAGUGUUGCUUUUCUUUGUGUGUGUGUGUGUGAGUGUGUGUGUGUAGAAGGGAGUGCGGGGGGCGGUGGGGGGGGUCCCUUUCUCUUUAGGAAAAACAUCACAGAUAUAAGUCAGCUCUACCCCCGCUGUGUGUGGCGCUUCCAUAUGUCGCGAAAGCAGGUCGACCAUGACUACACCCUGCGGAGCAUGAGCAACCUGAUGGGCGAGCGCUGGAAGAAAGUCAACGACGGAGGCGAGCGCAGCCUCAUCAAAGCUCCGUCCAGCGGCAGCAUCAGCAGCCAGGGCGCCGCCGCAUCCUCCUCCUCAUCCACCGCGGGCGCAUCAGCCCCUUCCGCCGCCGCCGCCGCUGCCUCUUCCUCCACCACCAACACCGGGGACUUGGAGCGAGCUGCCCGCAAGCAGUUCCAGCAGGAUGUCACUCCAGCCUUCGUCUACGUCCUGGCGGUGUUCUCCGCUCUGGGGGGCUUUCUGUUCGGAUAUGACACCGGGGUGAUCUCCGGCGCGAUGCUCCUGCUCAAGAGGGAGCUGGACCUGAGCGCCAUGUGGCAGGAGCUGCUCAUCUCGAGCACCGUGGCCGCGGCAGCCCUGUCCGCCCUGCUGGGGGGCUUCCUGAACGGGCUGUUCGGGCGCAGGGUGUGCAUCCUGCUGGCCAGCUUCUUCUUCACAGUGGGGGGGAUCGUGCUGAGCGCCGCUCCCGGGAAAGAGGCGCUCCUGGCGGGGAGGCUGAUCGUCGGAGUGGGCUUAGGGAUUGCCUCCAUGACGGUGCCCGUGUACAUCGCCGAAGCGUCUCCGCCGCACCUCAGAGGUCAGCUGGUGACCGUUAACACCCUCUUCAUCACCGGAGGGCAGUUCACCGCCAGCCUCAUCGACGGCGCCUUCAGCUACAUGCGGCGUGACGGAUGGAGGUACAUGCUGGGUCUGUCCGUGCUUCCCGCCAUGCUCCAGUUCGCCGGGUUCCUCUUCCUGCCGGAGAGCCCCCGCUGGCUGAUCCAGCGCGGGCUGACCCAGAAGGCCCGCCGGGUGCUCAGCCAGAUCCGAGGCAACCAGAACAUCGACGAGGAGUACGACAGCAUCAAGAACAGCAUCGAGGAAGAGGAGAAGGACAGCGGAGGAGAUGGCCCUGUGAUCUGGCGGAUGCUGACCUACCCCCCGACUCGCCGAGCUCUGGUGGUGGGAUGCGGCCUUCAGAUGUUCCAGCAGCUUUCGGGAAUCAACACGGUCAUGUACUACAGCGCCACCAUCUUGCAGAUGUCGGGAGUGCGUGACGACAGGCUGGCAAUCUGGCUGGCAGGGCUCACCACCCUCACCAACUUCCUGUUCACCCUCCUGGGGGUGUGGCUUGUGGAGAGGGUGGGCCGCAGGAAGCUGACUUUGGGCAGCAUGAUAGGUACAUGUUUGAGUUUAAGUCUGCUGGCCGUAGGUUUCCUCAUGUCUGCUCAGCACAGUCCUCCAGUUACUGUCCACCCUCUGGACCCGGUCAUGGCUAACUCCACUUGCUCCAAGUACCAAAUGUGCGAGCCAUGCAUGCUGGACCCUCGCUGCGGCUUCUGUUACCGUGAGAACGGCUCGACUCUCCUGGCCUCCUCCUGCGUGCCGGUCAAUAAGGCCACCACCGAGCGAGCGGCGUGGGGCAGAUGUUCAAACUCCACCCUCAUGAGAGAUCAGACCUACUGGGCCUAUAACUACUGUCCCACCUCAUUUUCUUGGCUGGUUUUGUUGGGGCUGGUGCUCUACCUGGCUGCUUUUGCUCCAGGUAUGGGACCAAUGCCAUGGACCAUUAACUCGGAGAUCUAUCCCUUAUGGGCGAGGAGCACAGGGAACGCCUGCGCUGCUGGAGUCAACUGGACCUUCAACAUCUUGGUGUCUCUCACCUUCCUCCAUUUGGCUCAGUACCUCACCUACUAUGGAGCUUUUUUCCUGUACUCCAGCAUGGCCCUGCUGGGUUUCUUCUUCAUCUAUGGCUGCCUGCCAGAAACCAAAGCGCGGCGCCUGGAGGAGAUCGAGGCGUUGUUUGAAAACCAGCUCUGCUCAUGCGGUGCCUCUGACUCAGACGAGGGGCGGCAGGUCGAGUACAUCCGCGUCAAAGGCUCCAAUUACCAUCUGUCGGACAACGAUGCGUCGGACGUGGACUAGGAGCGUGUCGUUGACCCCGCUCCGGGUCUUUCAGCGAUCUCCGUAACACACAAAAGCGAUCUGGUCUGUAAUAUUCAUUAACACUCAUUUUGUGAUCCGUGGAGCCAGACAGACCUUGAUCAGGAAGCGAGACUGUUUCCCCACAAACCGAAUGCAGAAUAUUCCGGUACAGCUUUGUUCCUGUUUAAAAAAGAAAAAAAAAAAAAAAAAAGGUGCGGUACACGUGUCGUUUGGAUACCAGGUUUGUGCAUCCACAUCGCCUUAGCUGACCUGAGAGCUGUUGUCGUGACUUGUUGUAUCUCCGUAGUGCCGUUACGCCUUUCAGUAUGAGAUACGUUUCAGGUUAGUGUUUCGGCUUGUAGCAUCGCGCGGUAAUGUUAGCUCCCCUAGAUGAGAUCCCCCCCCCCCUUCCUUCACCCUCCAGGUUUGUGGAUGGUCUUGACCUUCUAAUGAAAAACAAUCAACAGACAUGCACAAUGUUACACCUGAGCAAACUUGUACUGUUAGUGCUUGACUAACAAAAGCCCCAGUUGGGAGCACUGGAAGGAUUAUACAUUCAGUUGCUGAAGUUUUCAUUCUGUGGCUUUCACGGUUGUUUGGAUUUUAGGUUUUUAAGUUUCUCAUCUAUAAGAAAAUGCAGCUUUUUAGCACAAUGUCAAGUGUCUAACCCUACUGCCAGAAGAUGUGCCAAUAAAUCCCCUCAUAAACUGCUGCUCAGAGGAACUGCUUACAGGACACAUUGUAAAUGUAUGACAUUCUGAUGAAGGAGUCAAGUAAAACUUUCAUUAGUGCCUGUGUAAUGUGCCUAAUGCCCAUUUUUGUUGCAUUUCCCGCAUGUCUAAAUAGCUUCUUCAAGUUCUAAUGUUUUGUUGUUUUUGUCUUCCUUCAUAGCCUUAUGUACAAACUAGAGGAGCCUUUGGUUUCAGUCUGGCUUUAAUGUAAUUUAGCGAUGUUUUGUAACAACAAAUGUGUAGUUGCUGCGUGACUUCACCAAGGUCCCUGUGUAGCAAAAACCGCUGAAGUAAAAAAGAACAAAGCUGUAACAAUAACAUAAAUAAAGUAAAUAUGCUGCUACAGUG